CACCCAUUGGCUGCGGCGUUGCUAGGGGCGUGUCCCGCGGCCGCCCCUCAGAGCCCGCGGCCGCCAUGGAGCAGUUCGUGCUGCUGGGCAGGAUCGGGGAGGGCGCGCACGGAGUGGUGUUCAGGGCCAAGGACCGCAGGAGCGGGGAGCUGGUGGCCCUGAAGAAGGUGCCCCUGAGGAGACCCGAGGAUGGGAUCCCCCCCCAGACCCUGCGCGAGAUCAAAGCCCUGCGCGAGAUGGACGAGCACCCCAACGUGAUCCGACUCCGAGGGGUCUUUGCCCAGGGUCCCGCCGUGGUGCUGGCCCUGGAGCUGCUGGUGGGGGAUCUGGGGGGGCUCCUGCGAGCGACCCCCACCCCCCUGAGCCCCCCCCGAGUGCGGGCCCUGCUGACCAUGACCCUGCGGGGGCUGCGCCACGUGCACGGCCAGCACCUCCUGCACAGGGACCUCAAACCUGCCAACCUGCUCCUGGACGGCGCCGGGCGCCUCAAGCUGGCGGAUUUCGGGCUCUCCAGGGUGCUGGGGACCCCCCCCGGGCGCCCCUACAGCCACCAAGUGGCCACCAGGUGGUACCGGGCCCCGGAGCUGCUCUACGGGGCGCGCAGCUACGACGAGGGCGUCGACCUCUGGUGA